AUGACACUGGUCUCCAUCGCCGAACUUGCUACUGCUCAACAGCUCUUCGAGCUCCAAUGUCGGGUUUCUAGGAAAUGGAUCCCCUACCAUGCAAAGAAGGAUACGAUCAUUUCUUUGGAUUUUGUCGUCAUAGAUUCUGAGGGGAAUGACAUUUGGGCGCAAGUUCCACUAGAUUCCGUCCGAAUAUUUGGUACUCAGCUUGAGGAUAAAAAAUGCUAUCUGCUGGCGACAUUUAAAUUAACUUCAAUAAAGGAGGAUUUUUGUCCUGUUCCAAACCCUUUGAUGAUUCAGUUCAACGGGGACACUACUGUUCAACCUAUUGAUCCUAUUCCAACUGCUCCGCCGUCCAAGUUCCCAUUCAUCAAAGUCGUUGACAUCUCGAAAUAUCAUAACGUCACUGUAGAUUUGCUUUUUGGUCUCCUCAUUACUUACCGCCUCUGUUUUCUCUUUAAAUAA